CAAAUGGCGCAUCCAAAAUCAAGCUGGACGGUGACUGAUAAAGCGAUAUCGGCUUCGGCUCUUCACCUCCGCCACUCCGCAUUCUUCCUCUCUCGACUCAUCCAGCUCCCGCAGCACAACCCAAGUGACUCACCCUCGUCGAAUUUCUAAACACUGGACAACAUGACGAUCUCCAUCGUAUCCCGACGAGUGCUAGCUCGUACGAACCUGACACACCCCACGCGCGCCCUAUUCUCAACCUCCCGCGCCUGCCGCUCCGACGACUCCAAACCAGCCUUCGCAUUCCGUCAAGGCCCCGCACCACCAAGGCUCCCCGAAGAAGAACAAAAGAUCUUUGAACAACUUCAGAAAGAAUCGACAGGUGCAUUCAGCACGCCUCGUUCGGCGCCGCAGGUCAACCAGUCGCCCGACUCCGAAUCCGCGAAGGUUGCGGACGGAGAGGAGCUUCAUCCGGAUAUGAAACAAGGCAUUAAGCCCGAAUUCGAGGGGGAGAAGAACCCUAAGACUGGAGAGGUUGGAGGACCCAAGAACGAGCCGCUGCGAUGGGGAUCUAGCGGUGAUUGGAGUUAUGGAGGGCGUGUUACGGACUUCUAGAUCGGAACUCGUUCGUUGUUGAUAGGGGAGAAAAGGCGAGACGAAAUAUGAGAGAUAUUGUACAUUAAUCGGCGUUUGUUUAGAUUCGAGUUGGUUAAGCUGAUUUGCGCAUGAUUGAUUUCGAUACCUAUGUCUAUAUAUUCUGCGAGUGGGUAUGCCACAGUACAUAAUUCAUGCUUUCUUUUUGGAACAGCGCAGCAGGAGGCAAUUAAUCGCUACAGAUGCUGAAUUGCAAAAGGCGAAGCCUUAUCCUAAGUGCGGGCAGAGUUCAUUUGGAGUUUAGAUAUCGCAAACUAAGUUUCUUACUAAAAAGAUACAAUUUGGAU